CUGUAAACAUGAAACAGGAAAUAAAACAAAAGGAUAGAAAUCCGUAGAGUUUGUGUGUAGAUUGUACGUUAUUGAAGGAGGGCGUCAAGUUUUUAGUUUUGGUUUGUAACGAAAUUGAUGUCAUGUGGCAGUGUAUAUGCUGCGAGUGUAUUUUAACAUUGAGUGUGUGUUUUUUUAGAAUGUUUUUGAAUGCAUGGGUCCAAUUCACAUUCAUUGUUUAGUAAUGUUUCUGCCAUACCAACCUUUUCCGAAAAUACAGUUUUCCAGUCUAAUAAUGCAGAGCUUUGGAAAGUCAGACCAAACUACAAAACAUGAUAACAGUGGAAAUAUACAGCCAGAGGAAGAUUGUCAGCCAAAAGACCUAAGUUUCAAGUCCAGCAAAAAGAUGAAGCCAAUACCUCCACCACUGAACCUGGGGACAGCAAAUAGUGCUCUAAAAGAAUUUGCCAUAAUUGCAACAAGUCCUAAAAGUCCAUUAAUGCAGAAGAAUCUUCCAUUUCGUAAACGAGCAUACAGCUUUUCUGGAAUGCAGGACAGUGGACAGCAACUGACGCCAAGCAGCACACACUUGGCAGUGGAUGUUCCAGAGCAGCGGUUUCCCCUUCCUUCACUGAAUGAGGAAACCUCCCAGGCUUCACCUGCAUUCAUGCGGCAUUCCCCACAGCUGGACACUAAAUCACACUACCCAUCAAGCCCAGCUUGUUCAUUUUUGGGUGCUAGUUCAGCAAGCCCCUCACACUGGAUCAACAGCACAUCUGUUCUGCUGAGUCCUGCUCCCUCAUCUCUGGGGAGCAGUCGAGAAGAACUUAAUGUAGGGGACACUGCUCGACUGACAACACAUCUGUACCCAUGGCCCUCCCCUGUAUGGCACUGCUUUCAGCCAGGAGUCCGCCUGAAACUUGAUCUGCCAAAUUUGGAUACCUCUGGAGCAUGGAAGCUAGCUGAAGAACUAUCCAAGUAUGUUCCUGAUUGGCUGGGAGCUCUCCAGGUAGAGCAGGUAUUAGAAGUGGAUGGUGGCAUCAGGAUUCACUUCACCUGCCAGGAGCAGUGGCAGGGUGAAGUGGUGGCACAGUGCAACUUGAACCACACUUUCUACAUCAAAGAUAGAGGAUGGUGUGCUGUAUGCCCAGAUCAUGUGUUCAAACAGUAUGGAGUGUCUUGUCAACUCCUGGAACAGACUGAUAUUUGCCUACCUAGCUCAAGACUGCCACUUGUCUCUCCAGACAUAUGUGAUAGGUUCAAGAGAUUCAGCUUCCCGCCAGAAGGGUUGGGAACACCACCACAUCUGCCAUCACCUUCAGAUCUUGCACAUCUCCCACCACCUGACUCAUUUCUGUCUCCUCCCACAUCUCCUACCAAGAAGCUGAGGGAUGCAGAUCGGCCUAAGAGACCAAUGAAUGCCUUCAUGCUUUUUGCCAAGAAAUAUCGUCUGGAACUGAUACAGCUGCAUCCAGGGAAAGAUAACAGAGCCAUCAGUGUUAUUCUUGGUGAGGCGUGGCGCAACCUGCCUGCAGUUGACAAGGAGGCGUAUGUGACAGAAGCAAGAAUCAUGGCACAGGAAAGGAAACGCCUGCACCCAGACUGCUGGAAGCGGAAGCGCUCACAAUCAGCUGGAUUCAUAGAAACGUAAAGUUAGGUAACCACAUGUCCAAAAGUAAUGAAUAUCAUGCCUUAGUGAAUGGGUAAACCAAAACUGUUGCAAAAUGGUUCUCGCUGCAGUAUAUAAACAUUGAUAAUAUGCACUCAAAGACAGAUGGCAUAAAAUCAGUAUUUCUUUUUACUUUAGUGAAUGAAUUGCAGUGUUUAUGCUGUUAGAGCGAUUUUUUUUUUCUUUUUAGAUAUAUGUGUAUUUAAAUAUACCAUAUACAUUUGUAUGUGUUUUAUGGAUAUUUUACAGUCAUGUUAGAUGAAAAUUCUUGUCUUUCUAUUAUCAACACUGAAUACUACAGUAUACUGAAUUUAUUGUGGGGAGGAGGGUACAUCAUCACUUAGAGAGCGUUAUGUCAUUAGAAAGUUACUGGAUUGUAUUUUAAGCAUAUUCUGGUAUCCAUGUGCCAGUGAGAAAUUCAGGCAUACUUACACAGGAUUAUUUUGCCAUCUUGCCUACAUAAGGUAUGAUGUACCCUGUCCAUUAUAUUUCAUUUCAGCAUCCUGUUGCAUUUGAUUGUUGACCUAAUGUUUUUCACUGUAUUAUUAAUGCGUUGGCAUAUUUUAUGAUGGCUGUGUGGCAGUUGUCUCACUGUCACAUUCAACUCUCUUAUUUUUGCAUAUUUGUAGGACACAUUUCAGUCUAUGUAAGACCAUCAUCAAGUUUUUAAGGACACAUUUCAGUCUAUGUAAGACCAUCAUCAAGUUUUUAAUCAGUUAAUUUAUAUAAUGUCAUGUUUAAUAGUAUGUAAUAUUAUAUUUCAGCAUCCUGUUGCACUCUACACAAUAAAUGAUACA